AUGAUGCCCGCUCCAGGUGACGGCCUCCUGCCUCAACCCCCCUCAUCAGCGCCACCCGUGGAGGCACCAUCGCGUCCCGCUAGACCUUUGCCACCACCCAUCAUCACAACAACCUCACAGAUGGGUCAAUCACGGCGCGUAUUGCCCGACAAGAACGUCACGGAGGCGACGAUUGAGCAAGCCUACGUUGACUUCAUCUUCUACUGCAACCCAGGUGUACCGGCCGACGCGGAUGAUGAGCCUCUCAGAGAUGCCUUCAGGUCCCCGCCCAGGAGCGGCGGCAAGUCCUUUAACAUCUUCGUGUUGUACCAGCUGAUCGGGGCGCUCGAGUCGAAGGAGCUCAAAAGUUGGACUGAGUUGGCGCUGAAGCUUGGGGUGGAGCCGCCGGAUCAGGAGAAAGGGGGGAGUUCUCAGAAGAUCCAGCAGUACGCUAGAUGGAUGCACUCAAUGCACGUUGAUGCGUUCUUCGAGUAUCUUAUGGGCCGGCCACGCCAUCCAUAUUGGAGCGAACUGCCUACAGAUCCAGAUCCGGUGAUAGAAGCCGGGAGAGAUGGUGUCGCCCCCAAAGACGACAUGGCUCUACGAGCCCUCCUGCCGCACAUCCGCCCCAAACGUGGGCGCAAACGAGAAACGGACGAGGGCUUUUCGCCUUCUCAGCGGCCGAGGUUAAACUCCCCGCUUGGCCAAGGCAAUUCCCCCAACCACCACGAGACCUACGGCCCUUGGUCUGCGCAUCCGGAUGGUCGGCCGCUCCCGAUACCGGCACCUGGCGACCCCUUGCGGUCCGGCGGAUCGAUGUCCGGGUGGUCUGGCCCAGAGGCGGCACAAACCCCAUUAACGGCGUAUCCUCAAUCGGCUAUCACGCCUUCCUCCAGGGGCGGCUUUUGGGGAGAUGACGCGCUUUUUUUCAAGCAGAAGAAAAACAAAAGAAAUGGCCCGAAAGUUGUUUCUUCGGCGUGGCGGAGCAGUGCGAUAGCUAGCGGAAAACCUCGCGGACGACCACCUAUCAACAGGACACCCAUCGAUGGCCAAUCACCCUUUCCGAGAGAUUCAGUCGCAUUUACGGUUAACCCUAUUACACCCAGUCCGAAUAACUCCCCUAGGCAUCUUCCUUUGCCAACCCCGAGCCCCUUAAUGUCCCAGCCUCCUCUUCCUCCUCCUUCCCCGUCUACUUCUACCGCACCUACUUAUCCUCCGUCAUCGGGACUUAGGAUGGCAACUCCUAACCACUUUCCGAAUUUUCCACUCCAACAACAGUCGGCGAGUGCCUCGAGGCCGGCGAGACCUAGCAUUUCUCUCCAUGUCCCAGAAAGGAGUGGAGGUUCUGUAAGGCUUGCGACUCCACCACCCCUGCAUAUGUCACAUUUACAAGCGCCCUGCGUAUCUAUUCCACCCAUCCCACCUGUUGAGCAGUCAACGCCGGCGAUUGACAGCGCAGGUAUCCCCGCCCAGACCUCAACCGCCAGAAAUCCUCCUCCUCCCCAACCCAUCGACACCAACAAGGUAAACAUCGAAACCCUCAACUACGGCAAAGCCAGCCUAAGCAUGCCCCCCGACCCAACAGCCCCAUGCGACGGACCCAACCUCGCGGCGACCUCAGCAUCCGGCGGGCCCCGAACCAACUUCUUCGACUCCCUCUCCGACCGCACCAACGUCGACGCGCUCUACAGCCACUUCGUCGUCGAGGUCAUGAUGGCCGACUGGGUCGACGUCGACGGCAACCCCGCAGAGCCUGCCUGCGCCGACGAGGCGGCCGCCAUCAUUACGACGGUCAUCGAGUCGCUGUUCAAGGCGUCGGCGAGCAACGAGUCGUUCCUUAUUAAUGUGGCGGCGCUGGCGGGCGGGAAGAUGCUCAUGACGACGACGAGGAUGAGGCUGGCGAGGUUGGAGCGGUUGGAGAGGGGGACGUUGUAUACUUGUAGUUGGGAGUAUAGGCUGGGCCCUUUGCGGGGGACCUUUUCGAUGACGCAGGAGGUUAGUUAUGAUUUGUUUCGGCCUGGGCAGGACGGGAAGAAAGGGGAGGAGGAAGAGGAAGAAGAGGGGAUGGGCGGUGAGAAUGAGGGGGCGAGAUAUUGGCAGAAGAAGUAUAAGGAUUUGUCGGAAGUGGUGAGGAUGAAGGAUGAGCAGAUUACAGAUUUGAAGAGGAGUGUUGUUGGGACGUUGAGGGCGUCGAAGGGGCCGAAGGGGCCUUGA